GGUUAAAAACUAGGUUAGAAAUGCAAAGUGCAUCGGAAUACUGAUGUUUUUAGGCUGUAAUUCAAUUUUAGAAAAAAAUAUUGAACAAAUUGGUGAUAAUAUUAUUUAAUAGAGUGGCCAGAAUCGUAAUUAGAUGGUAAGAAGUUUAUUUAUAAAACUCGGUAGGCAACAACAUUGAAUCCCAUCAAAUAGUAUAAUUGAAAUGCCUCGCAGUAAACGCAGGGCAACUACAGAUAUGAGUUCUACUGAUGAUGAUAGAUAUUCUUCAAAAAGAAUUCGCCAUUCUAGCCGUAGAAAUGCAAGGGCCGAGGAAAACUCUUUCAAUCAAAAACGAUGUCUUACGUGGUUUAAAGAGUAUACGACGCCCGAUGAGCCCCAUACUCUGGGACCCGAGGGCAUGGAAAAAUUUUGCGAAGAUAUUGGUGUCGAGCCUGAGAACGUGGUGAUGUUAGUUUUAGCAUAUAAAAUGCAAGCCCGUCAGAUGGGUUUCUUCACUAGAGAGGAAUGGCUGAAAGGGUUAAGCGAGUUGCAAUGUGAUUCUAUCCAGAAGGUGCAGGGCAGAUUGGAUCAUCUCCGAUGCCUUCUAAAUGAUCAAAAUGUGUUCAAGGCUAUUUAUCGAUAUGCUUAUGAUUUUGCGAGACAGGACAAAGAUCAACGAAGUAUGGACAUGGAAACCGCAAAGGCAAUGCUCCAGCUUCUACUAGGUAAACACUGGCCAUUAUAUUCACAGUUUGGUCAGUUUCUGGAUCAGUCCAAGUACAAAGUGAUCAACAAGGACCAGUGGUGUAACAUAUUGGAAUUUUCCAGAACCAUUUAUAAUGAUUUAUCAAACUAUGAUGUGGAUGGAGCUUGGCCAGUAAUGCUUGAUGAAUUUGUAGAAUGGUUAAAAUUAGAAAGAUCCAAGAACGACGGGAGCUGAGGUUUGCCCAAAAUCUAAUCUCAUAAAUUCCUUGCAACAUUUUACAUUUGAUAAUAACAUGUGUUAUAACGAACUUACUAUAAUUUUAGCAAGCGAAUGAUUUUUUUUGUGUUGAUUGCUGUGACUAUUAUUAUAUCUUUUUUUAAUUUAAA